AUGAGCACGAAAAGAAAAGAACUGGAGCGGUUUGGCAAUAUACAUCUUGAGCUCGGCGAUCCUACGGGUGAUUUCUCCCAGUUCGGAUUUAAGGGCGUUCGAAUCAUUAGCGUUCAGCGUGUAGUCAACAGAGAAGCAGAGGCGGCUUUCGAGCUACUCAAUCAGUGCACAACGGGUAUGUUCGGAAAUUUGUUUGCCAAGCACGCUGCGCCUUACACUGGCCAGUUUGUUGUCGCGUCCAACGGCCUUGCGGAGGCGGACCUGCCUAGAUUACACGCAUUGGCGGCAAAUGAAACUUUCCAGGCGAUUGCUAGGCAAACGCUUGAACUCGGUGAAAAGACUCAAAGCGCCUUAAACGACCUUCCAGUGAACGAAGCAUGUCGUUCUGACUUAUCACCUCCCACUGGAGAGUGCAGAGAGUCGAAGGAAAGCACAAAAAAGCCAGUUUCCAGCCGACUGCUGCCGCAAGCAGUAAAGAGUGGGCGGAUGCUACUACCUGAUGGCGAGGUGCUGCUCUGCCGCCCCCUUUUGCACGAGCCCCUAGCAGAUACGCCAUUAUGGUACAAGCCGGAGGACAUGCCAAAGCUUAGAGACCAAUGUCCCACGAAAGGAGUUUUCAAAAUCGCAAAGGAAUACUGCAUUCGUUUUUCGUACUCAUAUGAUUUGCUUGAUAUGGCAACCCUUCCCAAUGCCUCUGGGGAGUCCACAGCGGGAGAAUCCACAGCACCCACAGCGCCCAAAUCGCCACCUCCAGCUGCUGCGUCAACGCCCUCACCAACAGGAGCUGCUCCUCUAGUCGCAACUUUGGGUCCUUCGCAGGAAGCCGCAGCAGUUGUUGCGCCACUGCAGUGUCCGGAAGAGACAGGUGACGCGCUCAUCUCAAACACAGCUCCUCAAGGAUCUCAAGUAGCUCCAGCCAUUUCCUCAACGUUAAAUGAAGGCGGUCAAAGAGCUCAUCCUGAAACUCGUCCUCGCAACAGCGCGGUGCGAGAAUCAGGAACGGGUUCUCCCUUCGUAGAUCUUAUAAAUAUGGCUAAGCAUCUCCUUUCCAUUCGAACGAAAGAACUCUUAAAAUUAAGGGAACCUCCUUGGCUAUGCGAGUCAUCUGAUCAGGGGAAGGUCGGCGCAGCCAGUUACGAAACCUUGGAAGAAAUUGUUUUUGGGGAGGACCACUUGCAAGAGGUCCUACAAAAAAGUUUUACACGCCGGCGAACCAGUGCCGGUAGUCCAGCUAUCGAGCCCCAGCAGCCGCCCUCAGCCCCCCAAAGCCCUUUUGGAGGACUGAGAGCCGGUGAAUGCCAAGCACAGCUCGACCGCAAUGGGGACGUCCUGUCACUGAGCUUGAGCAGCAACGCGCACGUUAUUGCUUUAAGCCGAGGAGUCCUCCUGUCUUUCCUCAAGCUUAGGGUCCUUUUAUUACCCCUCAACGGGAUCCGCAGUUUUGAAGCCCCUGAGAAGCGUUUCACUGCUUCAUACCUCUCCGGCUCCCCUAAUGCCUCUUCUACAGAGUCAAAGGAAUGCAGCAAAAUAGAAAUGCCUCAGCUGAGGGUACUGGACUUGAGUUUCAAUGAACUUUGCACUCUCGACGGUUUCUGGAACACGCCGCGCCUGCAGCAGCUGUGCCUUGUUGCCAACCAUCUGCUGUUGCUGUCUGAUCUUGCACCCGUCGGCACAGCUGCUCCUCGGCUGCGACAGCUGUGGCUUGCGGGGAACCCCCUACACAUGGGUGCGCACACUGCUCAACAGCUGCAGCAGCUGCUACCGGCAUUGGAUCUCCUUGACGGCCGAGCGUUGCAAUCCCCUCCAGCGUGUCUCGUAAAGCCCCCAGCUUCUCCGCCCGGCAAAGGAGUUGUUGAGCAGGUCUCCCACUGCGUCACCAGCUCUUCGAUGACGCAGAUGCAAUCAGGUGUUGCCGAGCCUCGCAGCUGGGCAAUUGCAGCUGCUGCGCAGAUGUCUUCUAUGGAGGAGUCGCAAGGCCAGAGAUACUGGUGA